AUGAAGUUCAGCACCAUCAUCUCAGUCGGCGUCACCGCCAACACCGCCAUGGCCGCCCCCUUCCUCGAGAAGUUGGCGACGUUUGGCGGUGCCAAAGCAAAAUGGAUAAUCGGCGACAGGGACGACAAGUACGACGGCGUGUCGCCAUUUGACUUCACAUCGACAUACAGUGUACUGGCCACGCCGGACCAGGUCGUCAAUGCGUCCGACGUCGCCACCAGGGGCCUCGAGGGCUCCAAAGGCUGGUUCCUGUACGGCAUCAACGCCGAAGAGGACGUCAUCUGCUACAACAUCACCACGCAGGGCUUCCGCGGCGAUUAUCAGUCGCCGGCUGUCACGGCGACGCAUAUCCAUCAGGGCGAGAAGGGCAAGAAUGGUCCUCCGAGGAUCGCGUUCCCAAACCCAGAGCCAAUUGGUGGUGAUGGUGAUGUGCGCAGAAGCCUCGGCUGCCUCAAGGGCCCCUUCCGUACUGGCGUCAUGGCGGAUGGUCGGGACACUGGCGAGGGCUUCACCGUGGCCAUGAUCGAGAAGGACCCGGCUGGAUUCUUUACGGACUUGCACUCGUCGCUUGCUGUAGCGGGUGCUUUCCGAGGACAACUUGGAUGCCGAGAGCGACAGUAUCGGACUUAA